AUGGAGGACCUGAACCGUGCUUUCUUCGCUCACGCCAGUCACGUGUACAGCUUGGUGGCAGAUGGUAUCGAGAUGGCGAAGGAGCCAUCGAGAGAUCUUUUCCUGAUGCUGUCAUUUCUGAACGAGCUGAGAGACUUCAUAUGCUUUUCCAAGUACAGGAUGUGCUAUGGAUUUGAUGAUUUUACGUCGAAACUGCAAGACCAGUGCAGAAAGUUGCAGUCUUCUUGCGAAAGAGUCGACAGCUGCAAGGCGUUUGCUUCUGUCACGCUCUGCAAGAGCACGCCAACCCUGGGCGAUGCUUUGGAAAGGAUGGCGGCGGCGGCUGCCACCCUUCUCUGGAAGACCCAGCGUGGCAUUUCAAUGCCAUCGUUGGCCUUUGUUUUGCGAGAAUCAGCUUCCUGGUUUCACGGAUUUUCCUAUGUGGACUUGGAUCCAUGCCGUCCAUCAUCGACGCCUUAUCGAAUGCUUAGUCUGGAUGGUGGAAUUGUGCCUCUUUUGCCAGAAGAGGCGAAGUUUUUCAGCUCCAGAGUCUACGAGGUCCUUGGAAGGAAGGACCUGGAGUUGCCGUUCAUCAUCAACUUGGGUGCUGGAAGUGGUCCAGACGUUGCGACUUGCCUUCUCGAACGAGAAGGACCGUUCUUUGCCUUGCUCUUUGAGGCAGAUGCUGCUCAUGCAAAACGCCUGGAGGAACGCUAUGCGCUUUGGAGCAAGGUGAAAGUUGUCACUGAUUUCCUGGAACCUCACGAAUUCCCGGCCAAAGCGUCGGAGGCUGCCAAGGAGUUUCUGCAGGGCAGAUGGCCGCCGCCUCGAAAUUUCCCAUCCUUGCUGAAGAUCGAUGUGGACAACGGGGAUUGUGACUACUUGGAUUACUGGCUCACUGCUGGGUAUAGACCCUUGGUGAUUCAUAUUGAGAUCAUCCACUCGUAUGUGGCUGCAGAUUUGGCCUUCAAUGUGCCCUUCAGCAAGGACUGGUCCCUGUGGAACUUUGACAUGGACAUCAGUGCCUGGCCCUCCGUGGGCUGCUCCCUGGGGGCGGUGAUUCUCCGCCUCAGGAGAGACUAUUCCUUGCUGUCCUGGAGCAAUUUGAAGCCGGUGGAUGCGGAGUUUAUACUCACUUCCUGGGCUCAAGAGAAAGGAAUUGAGGCAAUCGAGGUGGAUCUGGUGCCCAGCUUUUGGCGUCAGUCGGUGUCAUACCGAGAGCUUUGGGCAGCGGAGCACUAUGAGAGUUUGGACUUGGACCCCAGGGAGAUGCUGAAUGAAAGCUUAGCAGUUGCAGAGAAGCGGAGGAUGGUGGUCGAGUCUCAUGCUGCGCUGCGUGACCUCUUGGCCACGAAAAAAGUGAGCGCGCAGCUCUGGGGAUCCAGGAUCCAGGUGCUCAUGGCUACAAAUCGUCCUGAUACCUUGGACCCUGCAUUGCUCAGACCUGGUCGUUUGGACCGAAAGAUUGAGUUCGGCCUGCCAGAUUUGGAAGGUCGUACCCACAUCUUCAAGAUCCAUGCCAAGACCAUGGCAAUCGAUCGGGAUGUCCGUUUCGAGCUGCUAGCCCGGCUGUGUCCCAACACCACUGGCGCAGAGUGCCGAAGUGUUUGCACGGAAGCCGGCAUGUACGCAAUCCGCGCACGCAGAAAGAGCAUUUCCGUACCUUGGCAUGCGUUGGCAAUGGACACCGCUGCCCGGUGGCGACUUCUUGCAUGA